AUGGCAUUUGUACUCGUUUACGCCAACAUCUCAACGUUUCAAAGGGGCUGUGCACACCGCGGCGAGGCAGACGAAAUUCAGGCUCUGGGGUUAUAUGCCAUCAACGGACGCACCUCGGAGGAGAUCACUGUGUUCCUUCUUGGAAGCGGCGGGAAUGGCAAGGGAGUAUGCAAGCAGAUGCUGGAGAUCACGCUGGGCGAAUACUACGGCGUGAUUUCCAAGGACGCCGUGGUCAAGGCCCCCGGACAACACCCGCCGUCCAAGGGCGCUGCCACGGGCUACCUCGCCGAGCUCCAGGGAAAGCGGGUGGCCGUGACGGACGAGACGAGCCCGGGAGAGCGCGUCGACCUAGGGAACGUGCUCAUGAUGACCGGCGGGGGCAUGGUCGCCUCCCGGCUCCUCUACCAAAACAACGUCUCCUUCCGGUUCACCCACACGCCCUUCAUCCAGACCAACUAUGACCCCGAAAUUCCCCCGACCCUAGCCAAGCAGCCAAACAUCGCCCGCCGCCUCAUCGUGGUCCACUUCCCAAACGAGUACGUGACCGAGAACAAGUUUGACGAGACCAACCCAAACCACAGGCACGUGGACAUUGGGUUGAAGGGCCGGAUGGAGAGUCAGGCGGUCCGCGAGGAGUUCCUCACGUUCCUCGUCCAGGGAAGUCGGGCCUGGUACGAGGACCCCACGGUCUUGCGCAGGCAUCCGGCGGCCGUCCAGGCGGCCUCAAUGGCAUGGCUGCGGCGCGGAGACAAGCUGCAGAUCUUCCUGCAAUCGGAGCACUGCGUGCACGACCCGUCGGAGACGCCCGACAAUGCCAAGACGGUCACAUGGGAGGACGAGUUCUGGACGCAGUUCCAGAGAUUCACAGGGGUCAAGAUUGCCAAGGAGGAGUUGGCUAGGCAGAUGCGAGAGAAGGGUUACGCGAGAACGAAGCGAGCCGGCCGUUAUGACGGGUCAUCCCAGCGGAGCUCGUGCUAUAUAGGCUUCAAGUGCGAGUAUGAUUGA